AUGCCGGAAGCGGCUAAAUCUGCCCCUGCUCCGAAAAAGGGCUCCAAAAAGGCGGUAACUAAAGCGCAAAAGAAAGAUGGUAAGAAGCGCAGACGCAGCCGCAAGGAGAGUUAUUCCAUCUAUGUGUACAAGGUGCUGAAGCAGGUUCACCCGGACACCGGUAUUUCGUCUAAGGCCAUGGGCAUCAUGAACUCGUUUGUCAACGACAUUUUCGAGCGCAUAGCGGGCGAGGCGUCGCGCCUGGCGCAUUACAACAAGCGUUCGACCAUCACGUCCAGGGAGAUCCAGACGGCCGUGCGCCUGCUGCUGCCCGGGGAGCUGGCCAAGCACGCUGUGUCCGAGGGCACCAAGGCUGUCACCAAGUACACCAGCGCGAAGUAAAUAUAUAGCAAUCAGAAUAAAAUCUGUGGAAGAAGGAGAGGGAUUGGAAUAGAAGUCAACAAGGGGUGACAAUG